CGGUGGAAACGUGUCAUCAAAAUCGUGUCGAAAUAGAAACGGAAACAAUAAAAUGCUUCUUUCUCUUGUUCCUUUCUAGGCUCUUGUCGCCUCCUCCAGCGUGAUUCCGUUUUCAUCUAUAAAUAAACUUGAACUAUAUUUCUCUCUCUCUGAAAAUAAGCUCUGUCUUUCUCUCUGAGCAAGUCUUAGGUUUCAGUUUCCAGUUUACAGAUUCUUCUUAUUUUUAUUUUUGUCGGUCAUGUCGAAGAACAUAUUAGUAACUGGCGGUGCUGGUUACAUCGGUAGUCAUACUGUUCUUCAAUUAUUACUCAGUGGAUUUAAAACUACUGUUAUUGAUAAUCUUGAUAAUGCUUCUCAAAUUGCAAUUAAUAGAGUCACGGAAUUAGCUGCUGAAUUCGGCUCCAAUUUGGAUUUUCAUCAGAUUGAUCUUCGGGACAAGCCAGCUCUAGAGAGACUUUUUGCCUCAAACAAUUUUGAUGCUGUAAUUCACUUUGCUGGACUAAAAGCUGUUGGGGAAAGUGUCCAGAAACCGUUGCUUUACUACAAUAACAACAUCAUAGGCACAGUAAAUCUUCUGGAAGUCAUGGGUGCUCAUGGGUGCAAAAAGCUUGUUUUCUCUUCGUCUGCUACUGUUUAUGGAUGGCCAAAGGAAGUACCUUGUACUGAAGAGUUUCCAUUAUGUGCAGCAAAUCCUUAUGGACGAACAAAGCUAUUCAUUGAAGAGAUAUGUCGUGAUGUGUACCGCGCAGACUCUGACUGGAAUAUCAUAUUACUUAGAUAUUUCAACCCAGUUGGAGCUCACCCAAGUGGCAAUAUAGGUGAAGAUCCUCGUGGAGUUCCAAAUAAUCUUAUGCCCUUCGUACAACAAGUUGCUGUAGGCAGGCGACCUGCAUUAACUGUAUAUGGGAAUGAUUAUUCGACAAAGGAUGGAACUGGGGUACGUGAUUACAUUCAUGUUAUGGAUCUGUCAGAUGGACACAUCGCUGCAUUGAACAAGCUAGAGGACAGUAACACAGGUUGUGAAGUCUAUAACUUAGGAACUGGGAAAGGAACUUCAGUCUUGGAGAUGGUUUCUGCCUUUGAGAAGGCCUCUGGAAAGAAAAUUCCUUUGGUAAUUGCACCAAGAAGACCGGGUGAUGCUGAGGUCGUUUAUGGAUCAACAGAUAAGGCAAAGGGCGAGCUGAGAUGGGAGGCGAAAUAUGGGGUUGAUGAGAUGUGUCGGGAUCAAUGGAACUGGGCUAGCAAGAACCCUUGGGGCUAUGGACCUCCAGAUACGACAGAUUAGAUCAGAUUUUGAGCUUUGACACAUCCUUCUAUAUAAAUAUCUCUCUUUAGCUUAUAUAUAUAUAUAUAGUCUAGCUUAUUCAUAUAUAUAUAAUUAUAAUUAUUCUUUUCUACACCAAUCUUUUAACCUAUUAUUUGGGGUCUGUUAGUUGGCCGUUGAUGGUUAUACAGUGUUCUUAGUUGGUUUAUUCAUCUAAAUGUCCUGUUAAUAAAAUUAGUCUUUUUCUUUCUCUUCUGCGCCAUUUCCAGUGUCGCUUCUCUUUGAGUUUUGAUUGUAUUUGUAGCUAAUCCUCGUUGUCCAAUCAAAACUAACACGUAAUAACUUAGGCCGGUUAAUCGGUUUUGUGGUAAAUAUCAUGGGUGGUAACAAGCUUUUGUAAGAGACAGAUGUACAUUAUGUUAUUGUAUUAAUUUAUCUUGGAA